GACAAUACACGCUUUCUCAUACUCUUAAUAAGACAUUGAUGAAGCCAACGAUGUCAAUUAGCCAUUGUAGGACAAGCUAUAGUACUUUCAGUUCAAAAAAAAAAAAGAAGAAAGAAAGAAUCAAUCAGAUUCAGGGUUCGAUUUCAAUGUUCUUCAAGGGAAUUUUGAUGUUCCUUGUUCUGGUCAAAGUGGUAGCUUCAAGCAAUGAAGGUUUCAUCUUCAAUGGGUUUGGUUUAGAUUUGGUUUAUGGCCAAAGAAAGAGUUUAGAACUGGGUGGUGUAGCAGAAUUGAGAAAUGAUGGUGUUUUCGAGCUCACAAAUGGAGAAUUUCAGAUUGGUCGUGUUUUCUAUUCCGUCCCAUUUAAGUUCAAGAAUUCAUCAAACGCUGAAGCCUUUUCUUUCUCCACCACCUUCGUGUUUGCUAUAGUCCCUGAGAACUCUCGGGGCAAUGGCCUCGCCUUUGUUCUUGCUCCUUCCAAGGAAUUCACUGGAGUUGUUCCAUCCCAACAUCUGGGGCUAUUCAACCGCACAAAUCAUGGGAAUUCCUCCAAUCAUAUCAUUGCCAUCGAGCUUGACACUUUCCCAAACCAUGAGUUUGAGGAUAUUGAUGAUAAUCAUGUUGGUAUUGAUAUUAAUAGUUUAAAGUCAGCCAAAUUGUCUCCUGCAGGUUAUGUUUCCAGCAGCAGUGGUGAGUUCAGGCCUGUUGAUCUUGCUAGUGGGGAACGUAUACAACUUUGGGUGGAAUAUGAUAGUACAAAGCAUCAAUUUAAUGUAACAUUAUCUCCAAUUACCAUGAAUAAGCCCAAAGUCCCACUUUUGUCGAUGGAUAUCAAUUUGUCACCAUUCAUCUUAAAGAAUAUGCAUAUAGGUUUCUCUUCUGAAAUUGGUGUGCGAGGAGCAUCUACUUAUGUUUUAGGCUGGAGCUUCCAGAUGGAUGGGAAAGCUGAAGAUCUCAAUCUCGCAAAACUAUCAUCUGUACCAAGCACAAGAAAGGAAAAGUCCAGGAAAAAGGAAGUAAUACUAGCAGUUGGAUUGUCCUUAUCCGGAGUGCUUGUGUUGGUAGUUAUAUGCUCUGUCAUGUUUUUCUUGACAAGAAAGAAAGCCACAUUUGCUGAGAUACUUGAAGAUUGGGAGGUUGAAUUCGGUUCUCAUAGGUUUUCUUACAAGGAUCUAUAUGUAGCAACCAAGGGAUUCAAUGAAAAGGAGCUUCUUGGACAAGGUGGUUUUGGACAGGUUUACAGAGGCGAAUUACCUGUAUCAAAAGUUCAAAUUGCUGUGAAAAGAAUCUUCCGCAAAUCUCAAGACAGAAUGAAAGAGUUUAUUGCAGAGAUCGUUACCAUUGGAAGGAUGCGGCAUCCCAAUUUAGCUCGUGUCCUUGGCUAUUGUCGAGGUAAAUAUGAACUCUUGUUGGUCUAUGAAUAUCUGCCUAAUGGCAGCCUUGACAAGUUCCUUCACAACGAGCAAGAGAUUGUUCUUAAUUGGAACCGGAGAUUUAGUAUAAUCAAAGAUGUCGCUUCUGCGAUUGCCUAUCUGCAUGACGAAUGCUUGGAAGGUUGCAUUCACAGAGAUAUAAAAGCCAGCAAUGUGUUAUUAGAUGAUGACCUGAAUGGAAAAUUAGGUGAUUUUGGCCUAGCAAGAUGUAGAAAACAUGCACAGGAAACAACUCAUAUAGCUGGCACAUUUGGCUACAUGGCACCAGAGCUUGCUAAAACUGGCAAGGCAAGUACAAGUACAGAUGUCUAUGCAUUUGGGGCAUUUUGCCUAGAGGUUGUUUGUGGUAGAAGGCCAAUCAAUUGGCAAGCAUCGGCUGAACAGGUGCAUCUGGUGGAUUGGGUGUUCAAAUGUUGGGAUGAAGGGGAUAUCUUGAAAACAGCAGACUCCAAACUUGGCAAAGAUUUUGAGGUCUGGCAAGUUGAUCUUGUAUUAAAGCUUGGUCUACUUUGUUUACAUAGUGUGGCAGCAUUUAGGCCAACAAUGUCCCAAGUUACUUCAUAUUUGAAGGGCCAAGAUUCACUUCCUGAAAAUUUGGAAAUAAUUCUUCAUAAGUGGGAGUUCAUGGAAGAGUCCGCUAAUCAGUCUGCACCGUGGACAAAGGAUUCUAUAGCAACCUUUGAUGUCACUGAAUCCUUCCAAUCUUCAGGUCGUUGAUUGUAUUGAAAAUUUAAGUAAAGUAAAUGAUAUAAAAAGUAGUCCUAGCAACACAAUUCAUUUUUACAUGUCAUUUAAUUUGAAUUGAUUUCACCAAUCAGAUUUACUAAAAGUUAUAUAUUGUGGCAAGUUCACAUGUCAAGUGUUAUGGCUUUUCUUCAAUAUGUAUGAUUAUAUUAUAUUU